CGGCGCUGGGCGGACGGAACGCCGGGGCCCGAGCGCGCGCGCUGCUGCUGGGGUUCGCAGCGGGGCGCAGCAUGAGCGAGCUGCGGCAGCGCCUGGGCCGGGAGCCCGACGACAAGGUACCGGGGCUGGGCCUAGCGCCCACCGCCUGCCCGCGGGAGUCCGAGUCAGAGAACAAGCUGGAUGGAGAGACUGCAUCAGACAGCGAAAGCAAAUCGGAGUUUGGAGGGUCAGCUCCAGUACCCACCUCUGAUGACACUCCUGAGGUCCUCAACCGGGCUCUCUCCAACCUGUCUUUGAGAUGGAAGAACUGGUGGGUGAGAGGCAUCCUCACUCUGGCAAUGAUUGCCUUCUUCUUCAUCAUCAUCUACCUGGGGCCCAUGGUUUUAAUGAUGAUUGUGAUGUGUGUGCAGAUCAAGUGUUUCCAUGAAAUCAUCACAAUUGGCUACAACGUGUACCACUCGUAUGAUCUGCCCUGGUUCAGGACGCUUAGCUGGUACUUUCUGCUCUGUGUCAACUACUUCUUCUAUGGCGAGACUGUCACAGAUUACUUCUUCACUUUGGUGCAGAGAGAGGAGCCCUUGAGAAUCCUUAGCAAAUACCAUCGCUUCAUUUCCUUUGCCCUCUACCUAACAGGUUUCUGCAUGUUUGUUCUGAGCUUGGUGAAGAAGCACUAUCGUCUCCAGUUCUACAUGUUUGGUUGGACCCAUGUGACUUUGCUAAUUGUUGUUACCCAGUCGCACCUCAUCAUUCACAACCUAUUUGAAGGAAUGAUCUGGUUCAUCGUCCCAAUUUCAUGUGUGAUCUGCAAUGACAUCAUGGCUUAUAUGUUUGGGUUUUUCUUUGGCCGCACCCCACUUAUCAAGCUUUCCCCAAAGAAGACCUGGGAGGGUUUUAUUGGAGGCUUCUUUGCCACGGUUCUGUUUGGACUGCUGCUGUCAUAUGUUAUGUCUGGCUACCGGUGCUUCACCUGUCCUGUGGAGUACAACAAUGACACCAACAGCUUCGCUGUGGAUUGUGAUCCAUCUGAGCUUUUCCAGCUGCAAGAAUACAACAUCCCCCUGGUGCUACAGUCAGUCAUGGGCUGGAAAACAGUCCGGAUGUAUCCCUUCCAGAUCCACAGCAUUGCCCUUUCCACCUUUGCCUCCCUCAUUGGACCCUUUGGAGGAUUCUUUGCCAGUGGGUUUAAAAGAGCCUUCAAGAUAAAGGACUUUGCCAACACAAUCCCAGGGCAUGGUGGCAUCAUGGAUCGCUUUGACUGUCAGUACCUGAUGGCUACCUUUGUCAAUGUGUAUAUUGCAAGUUUUAUCAGGGGUCCUAAUCCCAGCAGACUGAUCCAGCAGUUCUUAACCCUCCGGCCAGACCAGCAGCUCCACAUCUUCAACACGUUAAAGGCACAUCUGGUUGACAAAGGGAUGCUGGCCAGUCCGGAGGACGUGUAGACAUCCUGGCAUUUGGAACAGGACUGAGAAGAGGGCAAGCAGUCACUUCCCCAAGGAAAUCCCAGUUUGCCCGAUUCAAGACAGUAAUCACAAUGCCUCAUGUCACUGUAUUUUUUUCUUCCCUUGUAAAUGUUUGCAUUUGUGGGUUUCUGUUUUUUUUUCUAAUGCAUAUUUAUAUAUAUGAUUUUGGUUCAAGUCAACCAGUCAUCAUGUCUAGCUGGAAAGGCAUCGGGGUUGGGAGGGCUGUCCAGCAAAAAGCAUUUGACAAGGCACAAAGGUUCUUGUGGUUCUGUGCAGCUGUUGUUCUGGAUGUGUGUGGGCUGAGCUUGACUCUGCUCUUUUGCACUCCCUCAGGGAGCCAGUUUAUGCUGGGAACAUGGGUAGGAGUUUUCUGCACUAAUGGAAGCUCCAGUAAAAGCAGAACAGCAGGCACUGUUGCAUCUCUCUCUCUAACCCUGCUAGGCUGUAUCUAUACUAGGACAAUUGGGAGCCACACAACUCUGCCAGUGGUAUCAAUAUAGUACAAAGAGGGUGCUGUUCUUUGAUUUUCCCCCCCAGUCCAUCUCUAACCCUCUUUGGCUAUGUAUAUGUUCAGAAAGCAGGGGACCUUUAACUCCCCACUGGUGGUAGUUGUUACUUGGAGUCUUAAUUUCUUCAGUAUAGCCUGUCCUGCACAAAACCUCCAUGGUGGUAGGGGAGCAGAAAGUUUGACCAAUCUGAAGGGAACUCCUGUGCUUUAUCCAGCUUCAGAAUAACUACGCAAGCCAACACACACAUCCACUUCAGCUUGCUCUCUUUGCAGGGUCUCCUGCAUUCUCCCACUCCAGCAAGUAUAUGGCCAAGACUGCUGAUUCCAAGUGUAACCAUAUAAAGAGAAAGACAUGGUACAUCUUUAUGUGAGGGGCAAGUACCAAGUGUUGCUGUGGGAGGAUUAAAUUGCAACUUAAAUCAGGAGUACUUUUGUUUUUAAAAUACAUUAAAGUUGUUUUGUUAUUGAAGAAAUCCUACUGAACAAACUUUGAAAGGUUCAUGGAUUCAUUUCUUUUUUUCAUGCCAAGCAUAUUUUUAACGCUGGGGCACAAAACCUUCCCUUGAUUAAGCAACUCCAUGUCUUGAGACUUGGCAUGUGGGGGAGCAGUUUCCAACCCACAUGGCUUUUUCCAAGUGUGGAACUUGGGUGAAAGAGCCACCCACCCAGCUGUGUUAUUUCACAGGUUUGGGGUAUUUUUUAGAUUGUGCUCUAUUUCGCUUUCAGGGGUCAUGUCUGUCAAAUGCUACUUGAGUUCUAGAUGUCGUGCUACUGAGGUUCACGGUCUGUGUUGCAUUGCAGUUUGGGUUUGGUCAGCUUGCCUGCAGGCUUUUCUCUAGUUUUUGUUCCAGUAAUUUUGUUCUAGUAUUUGUCUUCCUUACAUUUCACUUAGCAUUUGGGCACGGGUGGUUGUUUCCCAAGUAUUUGCCUUUUUGUUUCUUCCAAUGAGCCAUCAAUUAAAAAAAGGAAAGGGGAGGAAGCCCUAAGACCCCAGACAUUUCCACACUUGAUACUGUUUAUGUUCGCUAUUGAUCUCAAGCGUUCACACAUUUUAAGCAUCUUCAUGCAUCUUAUUUUACUGUGAUCUUUCUCCAUACUUCGCAGCUGAGGCAGGCUAUGAUGUGUAUCUCUAGCUAUUUGAAUCUGGGGAACAGUUGGCAGGGAAUGAAACAGAGAUGCUGUCACUGGUGUCUUCAGACAAACUCUUUGCUGUCUCUCACCUUCCACACAAAUGUGUAUUUCAUCUUGCUAAUCUCCCAGCUGAAACAAAAACAGCUGGAAUAAUGUUGUAUCCUGUCAUUCUGUUCUGAUGCUAACAUUAUUUACACAUGCCGCUAGUGUGUAUUUUUAUCUGUAGCAAACACUGCCACUUCCCCACAUAGAGAAACUACAGAGGGCAGAGAUGUAUCUAGCAUUGUAUACUCAAGGAACUGAGGAAAAAAAUGGUGUUUUUCCCAGGGUGGGAAGAAAGCAAGGCAGAGCCGAAGUGAGAUGCAAUUGGAGUCUGGUUCUGUGUACCCACAGCUUCCAUCAAGGGUGCUGAGCCUCAUCUAUCAAGGGUGCUGAGAGGGUUUAGCUGUGCUUCUGUGGUCUAAAGUCAAUACAGUAUAUAGGUAUGUGCUUCAAGUGCUCUUCUGAAUGGGGGCUUAGCCCAAGUCUGUCCACUGAACUUUGAUAACCUUUCCAUUCAGCCCCUGCCUUGAUUUCAGGAAAUAGCAGGAGGUUGUUUAAUAUUUAAGUAAAGCAAUCUUGCCGCUCUUCUUUUUGGUGGUGGUAGGGGAUAUUCACUUGCUGGAAGCACCUUGCUAGAUUGCAGUUUUCAUUACUUGUAAACAAGUGAAAAUAUGAAAAGUGGCUGAGCUGGCACAGCUUCCUGGAGACUUUAAAACAGAGCUCAUGCCACGGUAAAACAAGCUGCUGCUGCCCUGCAUCCUACCUACCCUGUACCAAUAUCUGCCUACCACCAUGCACACUGAGCUUUUGGGAGCAGAUGAGCUGAAGCACUUAUCAAAUAUGUUAAACCUGAUUACAGUGUAUUGAUUUGUAGAAAGAACCACUUCACUUGCUUUUCAUCUGAGAUUUGAAUUGCUGUCCCCUUCAUUCAUUCUCUCCCCCCACCCCCUCAUCCCCACAAUCCCGAGUUAUAAUGAGCAGAACUGAAAAAAAAAUCUGGGAUGUAUGGUUUUAAACAGUAGGAUUUGUUUGGGCGAUUUCUGUUAAAUGUUGCCAUUCUGGCUCUGGCCACUGGAGGGCAUAACAGCUUCUUGGGUGCCUGCCUGGUGAUCUGACAGUGCAGAGUGGUUUGAUUAAAAAUGUGCAUGGUUUUCUGAAGUUCUCAGUGCAGGUUUUCAAAGCUCAGUCUUCUGCUGUUCCACAGCUUCAAAGUGAAUGAAGCAGGUUAAUCUGAGACCCAAGGGGAGUUGUGUAAGGUGCUGAUAAGGUCUUCGUGUUCUGACUUUGAGUGGUUGUCCUGACACGGACAAAAUGCAACAGGGCUGACAAGCAGUGGACAGAAACUUAAAAUCUGAGGGGCCGUGAGGAAAUUGGAUUGUAUGUGUGCUCUAUGGCCAGUCUUCCUGAGCAGGACUGGGAGGGUAGAGGUCUCUGUCUGCAUCGCUCCCGUGAGCCAUGGAGUCGUGUUGGCUGCAGAGUUCUGGGAUGGAGCUACAGGGAAGGCGCGCUCUCUCAAUGUUUCCCACCAAAGAAGAUCUGCUUCUGCCCACUGCCUGAAAUGCGCCAUAGUGAAUAUGCUUGAUAUUCUUGACAAGUCCUAAGCAAUGUUUUGCUCUUUCAAUGUCAAGCUGGUAUCUUGCCCAACAGGGAAGACCCCAAUUGAGAGGCCACUUUUGGAGGACUUGGAGCUAAGUGAAAUGGCUAAGAUUAGAUAGGAGGUAACAGUUACUAUAGGCACUGUUGUUUAAAAACCUGAGACUGUGAUCAGUGUCCCUUUUUAGUACAUAACCAAAAACUUAGAUACAUGCCAACUAAAGUGUAUGGAUUUUUAACACUUGCAUGCACAGAAGAAGUCUAAGCACUUCAGAUUCCAGCAGCUUUAAUGUCUCUGCCUUAUACAAUAUUGUGCAGGCAACCAGUUCCUUCCUGAUUAAUUUUUUUUCAACCCUGCAAGGAAAGUUUGUUUGUAAUGGAAGUUUCCCCAGACUUCAGGUAGAGAAUGAGUUUCUGGAAGGGUUUUUUAUGGAGCUGGUGCUAGCGAUAGGCAAUAGCGGCAAUGGAGCAACGUUGGCAAGAGUUCACGUCGGAGUUUUGCUUCUCUCCACCCACAAAAGUCGAGACCUCUUGAUUGUUCCUGUGCUCUGCUCGCUGCUGUGAGGCUCCUGUUCAGUUAGAGGGAAGUUCCCUGUGCUUGCUGUAUAGCAAGAGAGGAACCAGCUAUGAAUGCUGGAGAUCAGAUGACUGAGAGUUUUAUUCAGCAGGUCCCUGGGUUGCUUGGGCUUGGUAGAAAAUGCCUUUUUUUAUUCUUUUGGAGGACUCUGAGCUGACAAGGGGUGGAGUUUCCUGGCUGUCUCUGUUGUGGGUGGCUUUUGAAGCCACCUGCUAGCAAGGCCAAAUGAAAACAUCAGAAUGGCUCAAAGGAGUCUCUAGACUGUUUGAAUAAUCAAGGGGAAAAGAGGCAAUGGAUCCUGUGACUAGGUUUUGUGUUGGCACAGUGAUUCACCCUGCUGUACUUCUCCCAGCUGGCUUGAAUAUGUCUGUGAGGAGAGAGGUGUCUCAAUAGACUGCCUUCCUAAAGUAGCCUCCUUGGCCCUUAGUAGAGCAAGAAGCAGUCCUCGAGGUAGGAUGUUGUGAGCUUGGACAUCAGCUUGGAAAUGAACAACAAGGCACUUGCUGGCAUGUACUGGUUUGCUGGAAGGACUGGGUAAGGAAGGGUCAGCUCAUCCGAGUGCAUGUUCAUGAGCUCAGCAGCCUGGUUGCACAUCCUCUAAGAGCUUCCUUAAUUCAUGAGUGUAAGCUUAGUGAAAACUGAAGUGGGCAAUUACUGAUCAAAGCAAAGGGAAUUUCCUUUGUAUCCAGUAUCUUGGGGAAUGUACCAGACACUCUAGUACCCAGGUCUUAACAGCCCUUUGUUUCCGAAAUCGGGUUAGCCCCUAAUAAAAACCACUAGCACAGGGCAUCUGUUAUGGGGGUGCUUGGCCAGGAGUCCUUACAAAUCAGCAAGUUGUCUAGCUGUCCAUUCGGAUUUCCCUGUUGCACUUCUGCAAAGUGGGUUAAAUCCUGUUACCCAGGAUCUCAGACAUGAGAUGUCUGCUCACAUCUUGGUUUUAGCCCAGAGUCCAGAUUGUGUGGGUAUUUGAAGAUCCUGUUAAGCAAGGGAAGGAAGAGCUGACUUAGAUUUUGAAGGACUCUGAACGGACGAGUCUGCGUGCUGACUUGGGCUUUGUUAGCAGGGGACCAGGUUGGGUGGUCUGCUGCACUGGAAUUCACUGGUGGUGGUUUCUUUUCUUCUCCGUCUGUUUUGGGGGUCAGUGAGUUUGGGCACUGCAGUCGGUCAGUUGGAAUAAAGGCUUGACAGCUGAGAUGCUUCAGACUGAUGUCACUUUCCAAAGACUCCCACCAAGUCCAAAAGUAGACAGACAGCCUGCCCAUAGUGCUUUGUGAUGGAGGAUUCUCCAGAUACGUAUUUAAUGGGAUUUUUUUUUAAUUAAAAGAAUGAAUCAAUUGGAAACCUAACAGCACAGCCUCAGUCAAUGGCAGUGUUGUUUAAACUGCCUGAAAUGCUGAUGGGGUCCAAACACCUGCAGACAGGUGGACUGUGGUCCUGAGAUGCCACAUGCUGGCUCCCAGGCUCUCCAAAAGCCUCAACCUGGCCUGGUACUUCCUUCUGGAAACUGGCUGCUGGGAGCUCAGUGGCAGCCUAAGCUGGGUUGUAAACAAGGCACUAUUUGAACAGCUGAAAGGCAAGGGCUGCGGUGCCCAGCACCAGGGCAUACUGAGGCCAAGAUUUUGCUUGAUGCGCUCACGCUGAGUUAUAUGUAGUAGCGAGUGUUCCCACAGAUUUCACUGUCUGCCUUUGGUACAAGUUUAUUAAAAGGUCUCUAGCUCCUACAGUUGACUUCCAUUGGAUUGAUUUAAAGGGGAAUUUUUGCCAUUAAUAUCAGUGGGAAUAGAAGGAAGGGAGGAGGAAUCCUAGAGCCAUGCCCCCGCUCAGUACGUUCUUUAUUCCUGUCUCUGGAAACAGAUGAUUUCUUGGAGAUUUAGCUGAGUCUCCUUGUCUGACGUGUGCAUUGAGCUCCAGGAGUGCCAGUGCUAGCAGGUUCAAUGCAUGCAAGGAGGGAGACUUCACCCAUCUUGCCACGAGAAUCCCUUCUCUUCCCAAUAGUUCUGUACAAUUGGAGAAUAGAUGUCACCAUGCCAAAACCUCCAGAGCUGUUGGUUUGGGGGUGUUCGCCCUUUCUUAAAAAACGGGGGGUCAGCAUGUGUCUGUCAGUGAUAUCUUGUGUACCUCCUGCCAUCUGUAGCCAACCCCAGAGUUUCACUUCGUACUACUGUGAUCUUCCUGAGAGUUGCCAUUCUCUGGAUCUGAUGUGUUCUCAGCCAUUAUCUGCUUAUUUCUCUGUGCAUUGUUUUUUGAUCCAUGUUUUAGCAAUACACGUAGCCUUGCCUUUCUUUGACUGAAUGUCAGAAUGUGAUAUAUUGUAUAUUUUAAAGUAUUUACCCUAUUUAUAUACUGUAUGUUACUGUUAAAAUAAAUAUAAAUUCCA